AUGGACCAAACCCUAAAGAAUCAGUCUUCUUUCACAAACUUUCUUCUCUUGGGAUUCUCAGAGAUUCAUGAGGUGCAGGUUCUACUCUUUACUGUGUUCCUUGUUUACUAUCUGGUAGCAGUUGGAGUAAAUCUUCUUAUCAUCUCUGCGGUAGCUACUGACCAUCACUUACAUAAUCCUAUGCACUUCUUUCUGAUGAACUUGGCUGUACAGGAUGUGGGACAAAUUUCAGUCAUUCUCCCUAAAUCCAUCGCAAAUUCCCUCAUGGACAGUAGACAGAUUUCAUACUCUGGAUGCGUUGCUCAAGUGCUUUUCUAUAUUUUGUUUGCAGCAUCUGAUUUCUUUCUCCUCACAGUUAUGGCAUAUGAUCGAUAUGUUGCUAUUUGUGCUCCAUUGCAGUAUGAGAUGUUGAUGAACAAGCAAGCGUGCCUUCAAAUGAUUGCUAUUGUUUGGAUCAGCAGCUUUCUUUAUGGAGUCUUACAUUCUGCUGGUACCUUUGCAGCCCCCUUUUGCUCCAACAUUGUCAAUCAAUUUUUCUGUGAAAUUCCACAAUUAAUGAAGCUUGCCUGCUCAGACCUGUAUCUAAUUGAAGUUGCAUUUAUGUUGUUAAGUGUUGUGGUUUCAGGAGGGUGUUUUAUUUUCAUCAUUGUGACUUAUGUGUACAUCUUUACAGCAGUGUUGAAAAUUCCUUCCAUGCAGGGAAGGCAUAAAGCCUUAUCCACUUGCCUUCCCCACCUCUUUGUGGUUUCCAUAUUUGUAUUGACAGGAUUUUCUGUUUAUGUCCAGCCCUUUUCUAAUUCUUCCUCAUAUCUUGAAUUGGCAAUGACUAUAUUAUACUCCAUGGUUCCCCCUUUAAUGAACCCAAUAAUCUAUAGCAUGAGGAACGAGAAAAUAAAAAAUGCUCUAUCGAAUAUAUUACAUUUGAGAUACUAUUCUCACUAG